AGAUUAAAACAGCAGGUUAUUAUUACCUAAUAAUAGGUUAGCAGACCCAUGACUAAGAGAGGACUGCAGUGUUGAAGGGAUCGGAUAUUGAGGCAGAGUGAAAUAAUUCCUGCGUGCCGAACCGGGUCAGUGGCUGCUGGUCAGAACAGGAGGACCCGGAGCUGAGAGUCCAGAGGGAGAGAGUCUGACCUGAGAGCAGGUCCACAGCAGAAUCCGGAAGCACAAGCACCUGUAAAUAGGCCAAGUGGAGUUUGGAAAGUGAAGCUCUUCCUGCUGCCAAAUGCUGACCAAAUUGUCCUUCCGCCUCAUGCAGAAUGCAGAAAACUAACCAGAGUGGGCUUAGGGAUCCCGAGUCAUGAUUUGCCAGGGGAAGGCUCACAAAGAUGUUAUGCACAACUUUCCUGGACUCUCCCAGAGUUUAAUAAUUACAUUUGCCAAAGCUUUCCCACAGUUAGCCUGAAUGUAAUUGGAUUUCAUCUCGCCAGAGCUGACAAGUCCAGGGUUCUGAGUAAAAUUCAGGCAAAUACACUGGAGGAGGUGAGGACAGCAGUUGGCAGAAGCAGGGUGUAUAUUAUUCCCCAGACCAAUAUUACACUGCCACAGAUCCCAGGACCUGAAAGAACUCGUACCCUGCCAGAAACAUCUCCACCUGAUGGACCUGAGUCUCUACCUGCUUCUUCAUCAUCCACACCACCAAUGGCCACACCCACUACUUCACCAUCAGCCAUCAGAUCUGCAGUCUCACCUGCUGCCCCCCAGCAAUUCAUGUAGGUCCAGCCCUGUUCCCCGCACCAUCAGCCAUCAGACCUCCGGCCUCACCCGCUGUCCCCCAGGUCACACCGCCUGCUCCUACAGCACCCAUCGGCAUGCCACCGGUCACAUCUAGUGCAAGUUCCCAGUCCCCUCCCCUUAGCGUCAUGUCCCUGUCUUCGACGAUGGACAGUGAUGCGGGAUCACCGAGGACAGACACGAACCCAUCACUCGAGGCAAGUUUGGAUCCUGCACAGUGGGUGAACGCUGGCACCCCAGAGGUCUUUUACAGAAGGGCCCGUAUGGAACCACUCAACAGGACUCCUGUCAAUGACCUUGUUAUUGCGGACCCUGAGGAAGCGGAGGAGGACGACAUUAUUGCAGUUCCAUUUGAAAGUGACAGUCCUCCGUCGGAAGAUGUGGAUCUUGCCAUCAUUUUGAGGACUUUUCAAGAGGAUCACCUUUCUCACGGCCUGGUAUCCACCAUUUGUGUCAGGAGGAGAAAGCUUCUGGAGAGUGCCGUUAAAGCCAUCUCCAGAAACGCUUUCUGUUGGACCCACUCACCACUUAUUGAGUUUGUAGGAGAAGACGCAGAUGAUAUGGGGGGACCGCAGCGAGAGUUUUUCAGACUCUUGAUGAUAGAGGUACAGACCUCCCUGGGCAUUUUUGAGGGAAAGGCCGGCCAGCUCUUUCUUAGUUACGACCAAGCAGCACUAGACCAGCGUAAAUAUUUCAGAGGUGGCAACCUCAUCGCUUGGUCGAUUGCCCACGGAGGUCCGUGUAUCAGAGCCCUGGACCCCAGCCUCUUCCAGCUGAUGUGCGGACAGGAGCCUCCGCUGGAGCAGUUUGACUGGCGUGUGCUCCCUGACCCAGAUGUGCAAAGCAAAGUCAACAGGAUCCUACAGUGCAAGACUGCAGGGGACCUGACUCAGCUCCAGCAAGACCUGGGGGACUGGAUUGCAGAGUGCGGCGUCCCAAGCGUAUUUAGUGCCACAGUUGAAGACAUACCAAAAGUCUACGCAUAUGUAGUGAAGCACUACAUCUUUCUCAGAACGGCCAAGAUGAUCCUCCAGUUCACAGACGGAAUGAAUGCAUUCGGGAAGCUGUGGGACCUGGUGAGGAAGAACUGGAUUGCCUUCCUGCCUUUGUUCACCAACAUGCAGGAGCCCAUGUCAAAGGCAGCCUUCAAGGCCCUCUUCAGUUACAACUACAGCAGGAGAGGCAGCAACCAUCGCGAGGCAGAGGAGGACACCAUCUACUGCUGGGAGAUGGUGCUUAACAUGAUUGAAGACAAAGUGACUGACCUCAAAUUCGAAGACCUUCUGAUUUUCACCACUGGAGCAGACGAGGUUCCUCCCCUGGGCUUUCCCAGGAAGCCCUCCGUCGACUUCUAUGAACAGGAGGCAGGCCUGCGCCGUUUGCCCUACGCAUCUACCUGCACGAUGUGCCUGUACCUGCCGAGAGGCGUCAGUCAAGAGGAGGAACUGCACGAGAUGCUUUUACUGGCCACAAGAGGCUCUUUGGGAUUUGGAAAGGUGUAGAAGCUUUGAUAAGCAGACGCUCCCAGGCAGUUAGCAGUAGUAAUUAAAGUGUAAAGUAAUGAAAGCGGAUGUGUGUUUGUGUUAAAGAAAAU